UAUGUACACAUUCAUGUUGUCCUUGUCUGUUUAAGUUUAAAAGACAGUUUGAGCUGCCUGGGCUGCACUCUGGUGGAGCCAUCAUGGAGAGAGCUGUGGUGCAAGUCACCCUCUUUGGGCUGCUGCUGGUUUUGGCUAGCACACUACCAAACAAGGACGACUGGAACAUCUACAGCUUUCACAUCAACUCCACAGUGACCAGUCGUUAUGCAACCACGGUCAUCACAAGCCGCGUGGCCAAUCGCAUGGACGACUCAAAGGAAAUAGAGUUCCAGGUCCGGAUUCCCAAGAACGCCUUCAUCAGUAAAUUCAGAAUGUUUAUAGAUGGCCAAUGGUACGAUGGUGUUGUGAAACGUAAAGAGAAAGCUCAGCAGCAGUACACUGAGGCUGUGUCCCGUGGCCAAAGCGCUGGGCUUGUCAGUUCUGUAGGGAGGACCCUCGAGGAAUUUAAGACCUCUGUGACUGUGGCUGCCCACAAAAAGGUCACCUUUGAACUCACAUAUGAGGAGCUGCUGAAACGCAAGCUUGGCAAGUACGAGCUGCAAAUCCACGCUCGACCCAUGCAGCCUGUCAAAGACUUCAAGGUUGAUGUGUACAUUAAUGAGAAAGCUGGCAUCAAUUUCAUCGAGGUAAAAGGAGGACUAAGCACCAAAGCCCUGGCUAAUGCUAUCACCAGAACGCAUGCAGACAAACAGGCGUGGGUGUAUUUCUACCCAACAGAGGACCAACAGAAAACAUGUGAUGGCUGUGGAGAGCAGGGUAUGAAUGGAGAUCUGGUUAUUGUUUAUGACGUCAACAGGGACACCUCACUUGGAGACAUCAAGACAUCAGCUGGAUACUUUGUUCAUCACUUUGCUCCAUCUAGUCUUUCCCGCAUACCAAAAAAUGUUGUCUUCGUUAUUGAUCAAAGUGGCUCAAUGAGUGGCAGAAAAAUGCAACAGACCCGAAUUGCAUUAAUCCACAUCUUGAACGACCUGGCAGAGGAUGACCACUUUGGUCUUAUCACUUUUGAUAGCAGCAUUUUUCACUGGAAAAGAGAACUUGUUCAGGCCAACAAGAAAAACCUGGAGAGUGCUAAGACAUUUGCACAGAAUAUUCAAGCUAGAGGAGCCACAGACAUUAACGCAGCAGUGUUGGAAGGAGCACGUAUGCUGAAUGCACAUCCCAGAGAAGGUUCAGUGUCUAUCGUCAUACUUCUCACCGAUGGAGACCCAACCUCAGGGGAGACAAAUCUUGAACAAAUACAAUCAAAUGUCAGAAGGGAUAUUGCAGACAAGUUCCCACUCUACUGUCUUGGUUUUGGUCAUGAUGUCAAUUUUGAGUUCCUUGAGAAGAUGUCGCUGCAGAACAAUGGUGUGGCACGACGGAUUUAUGAAGACUCUGAUGCUGAUUUACAGCUCAAGGGUUUCUAUGACGAGGUGGCCACUCCUCUGUUGACAGAUGUGACAAUGAUCUAUAAUGGAGGGACCAAUCUAACCCAGACUAACUUCAGCCAGUAUUAUAAUGGCUCUGAGAUUGUGGUGGCCGGUCAGAUCACUGACAACGACAUUGAAACCUUCACUCCACAAGUUGUAGCCAUUUCGAGGGAUAGAAGAGUGACGUUUUCUAACACAAACGCCACCGUGGAGUACACUGGCACAGAUUUUGACAGCCACGUCCAGAGGGUUUGGGCCUACCUCACAGUCAAACAGCUUCUGGAGAAAGAGCUGCUGUUUUCUGGACCUGAGAAGAAGAACGUGAAGAAAGAGGCCUUGGAGCUGUCGCUGAAGUACAGCUUUGUAACCCCACUUACAUCCAUGGUGGUCACCAAGCCUCUGGGGGAGAAAACAGAUGUGCUCCAUAAACCUAAGGAAGGUGGACCAACACAGGCACGGCCAUCUCCUGUAGGGCAUCGACCCUCGGCAAGAACAAGAAAUGGCAAGACACGUCUUCUGGCACAUCCCGGUUCCUUUAGUCUUUUAACACCACAACAUAUACCAGCGAUGCGUCUUUCUAAAGUUGUUACUAGGGGUCAUCUCUCCGGAGGACCAAUGCCAGAUAUACCAGCGAGGCGUCGUUCUCAAGGUGUUAGUAGUGGUAGUCUCUCCGGAGGACUAAGGCCAAACAUACCAGCUAGUGAUCAUAAUAUAGUUGUUGCAGUUGAAGAAUUCCUCAAAACCUCACAGACCAACAGUGAUCAAGUUGUUUCCAUGGUAACUUCAUCAGUUCCUCUUUCCCACAGGUUUCUGCUAAAAACUGAGAAUCUGUCUCUUCCACUCUGCUUUGAUGUCACUGGAGAUGUUCGCCUUAAACUACUUCACCAUCCCAACAGGGAGCUGUCUGUGAAUGGUGAGCUUGAUACAGUAACGAAUGGAGGCUUCAGAAGGAUUGUCAUCCACUUCAAGACUGACCUUUAUGUUGAGGUUGACACCAAUGUCAUCACUGUACGAGAGGGACAGACACUGACACGCCACACUGGACAGGAUCUCAUCACAGCUGGAAGUUUGACAGUGAUUAGGCGGAACAAGGAAAUAGAUGUUGCAGCUGGAGACACACGCAUGGUCAUCUAUAUUCAUGAGAAGGAUGGUGUGGAAUUCCUCUGGCCGGUUUUGAGACAGCAGCCACUGGACAACAACGUUACAGGAAUUAUAGCUCUAAAGCCAGCAGUUUAUGAGGAGGUGCAACAAACUCCCUCAACAAAACUUAAGAUCAAAGACCAGGAGAUUGACGUUACGAGGUCCAAUGCUUUUGACUACAGUAUAGUCUCUCCACCAACACUGGACUGCUGGCUCAUGUCUGCGGAGUCUGUCCUGCAAAGACGCCUGGAUGAUUUCAUCGUUACUCAACUUUAACUGGGAAUUAUGUUGAAUCACUUGCAAAGAUUUCAUUUUAAAGAAAAAAAUGCAAACACUGAUUCAUCUUGGAACAAACUUUCCACCUGUUACUAACAAAUAAAUAGUAUCCCCGAUC